CACAAUUACAUCGUUUUCUGUGGAGCUGCCUGGAAUGCACUUACUUUGUAGCUAUUUUCUUACUGUUGGGAAUUAGGACAAAGGAAGACCAGGAGUUUGCUGUUAUGUGGCUCACUGCUUGUAGCCUGUGCUUGAUUGUCUCUUAUCCAGUUAUUAGAGCUUCCUGACUCAGUUGAGACCGACUAGAUUCAUAGCAUCAGUGCAUUCUCUGCCUUCCACUGCACCCUUUCAGAUAACUUAUUUUCAAUGCUGAAGAAUACUGGAUCAAUAUACAGAAAUAAGGAAUAGUUUUUUUUGUACAAAGGAAAGGUUUUUCUCCACCUGUUUUCCAAAGUGGUUUUAUUCUUCCUUUUAUGUGAAAUAGGCUCCUCCAAACUGGAAUAAUGUCUUUAUAUGGGUGCAGAGGCUCCUGGUUACCAGUGCUGCUUGGUGUUGUGAGUGUGCUGGUGGUGCUGGCAGCUGGUAAUGCUGGGCACAACCAGGACAGGGGGGAGACUGGACCAUCCUGCUUCGGGAGCUUUGACCUCUACUUUGUCCUGGACAAAUCUGGGAGUGUGCAGCACCACUGGAUUGAAAUCUAUCACUUUGUGGAACAUCUGGCUCAUAAGUUCAUAAGUCCACAGCUGCGCAUGUCCUUCAUUGUGUUCUCCACUGAGGGAAGGAUUUUGAUGCGUCUCACAGAAGACAGGGAGCAGAUUCGCAAAGGUCUGGAGGAGCUCCAGAAGGUACUUCCAGGUGGAGACACCUUUAUGCACGAGGGCAUCCAGAGGGCCAGUGAGCAGAUAUAUUAUGGAAACUCAGAAGGAUACCGUACUGCCAGUGUCAUCAUAGCUCUCACAGAUGGAGAGUUGCAUGAGGACCUCUUCUACUAUGCUGAGAGAGAGGCCAACCGCUCGCGGAGUCUGGGUGCCUCCGUAUACUGUGUGGGGGUGAAGGACUUCAAUGAGACACAGCUGGCAAAGAUUGCUGAUAGCAAGGACCAUGUAUUCCCAGUGAACGAUGGCUUUGAAGCACUGCAGGGGGUCAUUGAUUCGAUAUUAAAGAAGUCCUGCAUUGAGAUCCUGGCGGCUGAGCCCUCCAGUAUCUGUGCAGGAGAAACGUUUCAGGUGGUGGUGAGAGGAAACGGCUUCCUCCAUGCUCGGAAUGUCCAUAAGGUCCUGUGCAGUUUCCGAAUCAACGACACACUCACCAAGAGUGUGAAGCCAUUAAUAGUGGAAGAUACGUAUCUCCUCUGUCCUGCACCCAUUCUCCAGGAAGAGGGAAUGGCAGCCAACCUCUAUGUCAGCAUGAAUGAAGGUCUCAGUUUUAUCUCCAGUUCAGUCACCAUUACAACAGUGGGCUGUUCUGAUGGAACCAUCCUGGCAAUCGCCCUGCUCAUCCUCAUGCUGCUUUUAAUCCUCAUGAUUCUCUGGUGGUUCUGGCCUCUUUGCUGCACUGUGAUUAUCCAUGAACCCCCACCAGCGGUAGUGGAAGACAGUUCGGAUGAGGAAGAAGAUGGGAUGCCUAAGAAGAAGUGGCCCACGGUCGAUGCCUCCUACUAUGGGGGCAGAGGUGUGGGUGGAAUCAAAAGGAUGGAGGUGCGUUGGGGUGAGAAAGGCUCUACUGAGGAGGGAGCCAAACUGGAGAAGGCAAAGAAUGCCAGGGUGAAAAUGCCUGAGCAGGAGUUCAUACAGUCCCCCACCCGCAUUCUCAAUAAUGGCAUGCGCAAGCCUCCAGGCCCUCACAAGUGGUACUCACCAAUCAAGGGCAAAUUGGACGCUCUGUGGGUGUUGCUGUCGAAAGGCUAUGACCACGUGUCUGUGUUGAGACCACGCCCAGGAGACAAGGGCCGAUGCAUGAACUUCACCCGGGUCAAGUUCAAUCCUCCUCCUCGCUACCCCCACUACAACCAACAUUCAGCCACCAUCUACACACCUCCAAGAGGAUCUAGUCCACCGCCUCCCCAAGGCAUGCUCCCCCCUCCCCCCAACAGCCCCCCAGCAUCCCCUUCACCAUCCUCCACCUCCACACUGCCCUCAACACCCCCUCCUUUUUUUACUAUUACACCUCCACCUUACACUCCUCCUCCAACUCGAGCCCUUCCUCCAACCACUCUGUAUAUAUCCCCUCCUCCUAUGUGCCCCCCCUCCCCUCCACCACCUGCAUCCCCAACCGGCGCUCUACCCCCUCCACCAGGACGAGGCUCCCUGCCACCACCUCCUACCCGCCCACCACCAUGCCCAUCUGUAGAUCCUCAGUAGUGAUUGGAAGAGAGAGGGACACGGGAUGACUAGGACAAGGAAGAUCAACAGGAAUUUGUCCUGUCUCCCUAAGUCUUUGACUGUCCCCUCAUUCCACUGCCAGUCAGGAUAUCUGUGUGGCUCACACCACAAACAACCAGCUGAUGACUUGUCAACUAUUUGUCUACAGUGGCCCAUGUACACAUCUAGGUCAAUAGUACAAAGAUAAGUUGUACUUAAGGUUCUACAGACGUCUCCUGAUGGACAGCUUUCCUCAUAGAAAUACAUCUAUGUUGUCCAUAGAUGACCAGGUCUGUUACCUUGUCAAGUUCAUGAGGGCUAAGCUCAUCUCUUCCAUUCUAGAACCAACAAGAAUGGGUGGAUAUCGUUGUGACAAAGCAAAGCCAAGUAUUGGAUGUUUGCCUCUUUUUCAAAAAACUUUAGGCUCUAGAGAGUUUGCAUUAUAUUAGGUAUUAUAUUCAGAAAAGAAUGGAGAGAUGUCUCCAAAUGACAUUCCAAUAAUGUAUCAGUCUGAAUUUUAUACAUUUAAUAUUUGUUUCUCACAGACAAAUAAGUUAUUAUGAGCAGCGGAAUGAUUUUUUUGCCUGUGGUAGUUUCUUUAGAGAUUAGCCAAACUAAAUCCAGUAAGUAAAUGUAAUAUCUCGAUGAAUCCCAAAGUCCCAGUGCCAAUCACCCUGCUGCACUGCACAAUUGUCAAGUCAAUGGCAGGUUUGCAUAAUGUCAGCAUAGAGGAUGAUUUAGUGCCUUAUUGAGCCUUUUAAAUGGGCAGUGUCGUUAAUGUGAUUUUUCCAUGGUUUUUUUGUAUUUUUAGUAUUCUAGACUAUAAUGUCGAAAGUACACUCUGAAAUGAUUAUAAUGGCCUUUUUGUGUAAGAACUGCUAAACCUUUUUUUUUUUUUUUUUUUUUUUUUUUAAUCUACACACCCACACGAUCAGUCUGAGCAUUUCAAUGGCAAAAGAAGGCUCAGUGAAAUAAAUGAUAGAACAUACAAUACCAGUCAAAAGCUGGGACACACCUAGUUAUUCCAGGGUUUUUCUUUGUUUACUAUUUUCUACAUUGUAGAAUAAUAGUGAAGAUAUCAAAACUAUGAAAUAACACAUGGAAUCAUGUAGUAACCACAAAAAGUGUUAAACAAAUCAAAGUAUAUUUGAGAUUCUUCAAAGUAGCCACCCUUUGCCAAGAGUGCAAAGCUGUCAAAGGCAUUCUCUCAACCAGCUUCAUGCGGUAGUCACAUGCAAUGCAUUUCAAUUAAGAGAUGUGCCUUGUUAAUUUGUCUUGCCAAAUUACGUCAAGAACAGCUAAAAUAAGCAAAGAGAAAUGCCAGUCCAUUACUUUAAGUCAAUGUGAAAAAUUAAGAACUUUGAAAGGUUCCUCAAGUGCAGUCGCAAAAACCAUCAAGGGUUAUGAUGAAACUGGCUCUCAUGGGGACGCCAGAGGAAAGGAAGACCCAGAGUCACCUCUGCUGCAGAGGAUAAGUUCAUUAGAGUUAACUGCACCUCAGAUCGCAGACCAAAUAAAUGCAUCACAGAGUUCAAGUAACAGACAGAUCUCAACAUCAACUGUUAAGAGGAGACUGCCUGAAUAAGGCCUUCAUGGUCGAAUUGCUGCAAAGACACCACUACUGAAGGACACCAACAAGAAGACGAGACUUGCUUGGGCCAAGAAACACAAGCAAUGGACAUUAGACUGGUGGAAAUCUGUUCUUUGGUCUGAUGAGAUUUUUGGUUCCAACCUCCGUGUCUUUAUGAGACGCAGAGUAGGUGAAUGGAUGAUCUCUGCGUGUGUGGUUCCCACGGUGAAGCAUGGAAGAGGUGUGAUUGUGUGGGGGUGCUUUGUUGGUGACACUGUCAGUGAUUUAUUUAGAACUCAAGGCACACAUAACCAGCAUGGCUACCACAGCAUUCUGCAGCCAUAUGCCAUCCCAUCUGAUUUGCACUUAGUGGGACUAUCGUUUGUUUUUGAACAGGACAAUGACCCAACAGACCUCCAGGCUGUGUAAGGGCUAUUUGACCAAGAAGGAGAGUGAUGGAGUGCUGCAUCAGAUGACCUGGCCUGCACAAUCACCUGACCUCAACCCAAUUGAGAUGGUUUGGGAUGAGUUGGACUGCAGAGUGAAGGAAAAGCAGCCAACAAGUGCUCAGCAUAUGUGGGAACUCCUUCAAGAGGUUUGUAAAAGCAUUCCAUGUGAAGCUGGUUAAGAGAAUGCCAAGAGUGUGCAAAGCUGUCAUUAAGGUAAAGGCUAGCUACUUUUUUAGGAAUUUGUUUAAUACUUUUUUGGGUUACUACAUGAUUCCAUAUGUGUUAUUUCAUAGUUUGAUGUUUUUGCUAUUAUUCUACAAUGUAGAAAAUAGUAAAAAUAAAGAGAAACCCUUGAAUAGGGUAUGUAGGUAUGUCCAAACGUACUGUAUAUUUGGAGUUAUUUUCAAUAAACACACAGUGAUUUAUUAGACAUACAUUGAUGAUAUAAAAAUUCAAAAGACUGCAUGGGGCUUUAAUUAAAAACACAAUAUUAUCUGAGAGCAAUUACAUUCCUGUGGUUUAAGUAAUUUGUUAAUGCAUGUAACAGUGUUUGAUUAAUUAAUGGGUGUUUGUUAGUUUAUCAUUCAUAACAUUUUUUUUGUAUACAUUGUGUAUAAAUGUCUGUUUCUUUGUAUUGUUCACUCAGCAUUGGAGUAUGGUUGUCACAGUGAACAAAUUAAUUAUUGCAAAUAAAUGAACGUAAAUGUG